UUAGUGUUAAUGGACAGCGUGGGUAGAUCGCCGGACACACUGUGCAGACAAACUUCACAAACAGGGGAGGGAGAGAGAGAGCGAGCGAGAGAGGGGAUAGAGCGUGAAAGAGAACGAUAGAUUGACACAUCACCGUAGAGCGGUAGAGGAGUGUGAGGGUGUUGUGAUUGGACUGGGCAGCAUGAUACCGGGGUUUAGCCAGGAAAAGUGCAUCCGAGCCAGCAGGAGGCUUUGAGGAUCCGCGCCAAGUGAUGGAGCACGAAGGAGCCAACAGGCGGCCGCGAUUGGUCAGGAUGGAGGACCAUGACAGGGUGAGCCAAGCAUCCAGUGUUGUCACCAUCUCUUCUUUCCCCAUCCGAAAGGAGAGCGAUGACAAGGUGCAGACGUUUGGGAAGGGAUGCAGAGCAGCCAGGAGAGAUCCAAACUGUCCUGUCGUCAUCAGGGGGUGGCUCAAUAAGAAGGACAGUUCUGGGCUGAAACUCUGGAAAAGGAGGUGGUUUGUCUUGUCCAACUACUGUCUGUUUUAUUAUAAAGACAGCAGAGAGGAGUCUGUGCUAGGCAGCAUUCCUCUACCCAGCUACAACAUUCUCUUCUGCACGCCGCGAGAAUGCAAAAACAGAAAAAACACCUUUAAGGUGGUGCACCAGGGAAUGCGCUCCUACUUCUUUAGUGCAGAUACUCAGGAAGACAUGUUGGGCUGGGUACGAGCCCUCAGCCAAUCAGCUUGUAUGGAACCCGAUGGUUCCAUCAAUAGGCGUUGCUCGAGUUAUCAGGACUUCACACAGAUAGGUGGCAGCAGUGAGUCUGUGGAGCUCAUUCACUCCCCCUCUCUCAGAGAUGGUCUCUCCCAUAAUGCUGCUCACCACCACAGAUCCCAGAAGGAUCCAAGUCAGCUGACGGGGGGGAAGAUGGGGACUCCGCACACGGACCACAGAGGCAGGCGCAGCGGGAGACAAAGCCCUUCACCCAAGACGCCCAGCCCUCCAGAGUUCAGCAGAAAGAGGGCCUAUGUUCCAAACCAGGAUGAGGCCUCUCUCCCCUUCCUCUCAGGUCCUCACACGCCACCCAAGCCUGGGGAAUUUAUAGGGACAGGUUCCUUAACACCGAGAGGUCAUUUGGGGUCGCGACCCCACACACCAGUGGGGAGGGUUGACAUACGACCCCAGGGUGACCUUUCGAUGAUGCCACAGUGCUAUGCGCCUGUGUCUCCCAAGCUGGAGUACAAAUCCACUCCACAAACACCUGUGACGGAGAGGUGGCAAAACAUCAGUCAGCCCACACCCACAUAUUCCUCCCUCCAUCAUAUCCCCACUGGAAGAAGAACUUUGUCCAAGCCUCCCAAACCUGACGUGUUUCAGGAACGUGAGCCCCCACCUGUGUUAUCUCUAGAAAGUGACGCCGAUGCGGUGCUGACUAGACUAUGUGGGUGUGACAAGCUCCUGCAGUCGCUCUCCAUAGAACUGGCUCAGCUGCAAGUAGACAAGGACAGCGUCCAGUGUGCUCUGGAGAUGACCCGGCUACAGCUGGAGGACUGGAGGAGCCAGGGGCUCAGAGGGCAGGAAGGAGCAAUGACCCAGAAGGCUUUGCUGCAGGAAGAACUGGUCACCAUCCGAGCCAGAAUGUGUGAUGUCUCAUUGGAGAUGGAGAGAGUGUGGUGUCAGUACGAGAGGAUGGAGAGCGAGCUCUCUGUGUUCCGUUCGCACCUCCAGCACGUCUGUAACUUCGGAAUGCCACAGGAACAGUCCCAAGCCCAGAGAGAGUUGUGGAUGAUGGAGGACAUUCUCGCUGGCCUCAAGGUCAACAGAGACCAUUUCCGGAUCCUGCUGGGCCUUCAGAGGCACCAGGUUCCCAACUCUGUGUUCCUGAAGACGUCACCAGGGUCACCUGGCUCUCCUACAGAGAGGCUGCAGAGCGGACACCCUCUGGAGGCGGAGCCAGAGCCUCCGGCCCGCCCCCCCUUGCCUCAGGGACUGCAGGGCACCAAUGAGAGGAGAGAUCAGGUACACAUGUGGGCGGAGCCCAACUAUGAGCACAUCUACAGUGGCCCUGUUGAUCCUUUGCGUAGAAGAGGACAAAGCCAGCCUGACCUGCAUGAUGACAGGACUCAUAAAAACAUGGCCGAAUAUACAGAAUCUCAUUCGAGCUCAAGAUGGACCACACCAGACAGUACAUUUAAGAAGGUGCGGAUGAGUGAGGAAGAACAGCUUGAGAGGAUGAAGAGGAAUCAGGAACGGCUGGCCAAUAGGAGGACAGCCCCCCUGCCCAGUCCCGCUGGACACCCACAGUGUCUCAGCUCUGAGCCUACAGAGGAGGUUCCAUUUCCCCUUAGGGUAACGAGAGUGGUCACAGCCGUCCUGCCGUCCACUCUGAUUGCCCGACGUGUUUCUGUUGAGGACCCCCCUCCCGACCUGGUCAACCCACUUCCUGAGCAGAUCCCCCAGGAGAUGCAGCAGAGACUAAGCGACCAGAGCAGGAACUUACUCCAUAAGAUGCCCAGAAGGCUGCCGUUAGAAACGCACAAUGCAAAUUCCAGCUGGCCGCAGGCGGAGAUGGUCCAGGAAGCGUCGGCCCAGAGGCUGGCAAAGGUCCUCCAGGACCUGGCUUCAGAGAGGCAUGAGCAGAACCCACACGGGCCUGGCAGAGCACAGCAGCACGUCCAGAACACGGCAAGGGCUUCCAGAGAAGACCCCGACACAGAGACUGAGCCGACCCCUCUGAGGGUCUCGCGGGGUCGCGCGAGGGCAGCUUUAGGAAACGGAGCGGGGAUGUCAGACUCCAGGGUAAGAGGGGAAGAUGAGGAGCAUGUCUCGUCCAGAGGGGUGGAGCCAGGCGAUAGUGAGGAGAAGACUGAAGGACGAUCCUCUCUCCUUUUGACCUCUGACUUGGACCCUGAUCUUUGUCUGACCCCUGAGCAAAGGGAGGCCAAGCUCAGACGAGUGGAGCGCAUCCGAGAGAGAGUCAUCAGGAGUGCAGUCAGAGAGAGCGCCGUAGCACCUUGCAAUGGGCCGAUGAGGUGGGAGAGGAGGGAGAGACGGGACCUCCACAGCGCCCCCACGAGCCAAACCUCUGACACGGCGAGGAACCGAAGGGAGACGUCAGACUCUGGACGUCAUGACAACUGUGGAGGCUGUUGUGAUUGUGACAGAGGUGUUCUACACGUGUCCGAAACCGAAGAACCUGGAACCCAGGAGAGGACACCUCCAGACGAGGGGGCUCAUGGAGACAGGCACGAGGCAGACUGGAACAGCCAUUUGGGGAACAAAACACAGCACAAAGAACAGAGCAGCAGAAAGGGUAUCAUGAAACAUAAAAAGAAGGCUAGUCCGUCGACCAAUCACCACUCAUCAAAGCCUGUGUACCAGAGAGAUGCAGACCACAUGUUCAACAUGAUGGAUGAGGUAGAACGAGAGGGAGAUCAAGAGGAUGUCUCAGCCAAUCGAGGACAAGCUAGUUCUUCAUCCGCUAAUCUUAGAACCGAGUGGUUCCUCUCGACCGGUCAGUGGCAAGGAUUCAUGCCACUGCAGAACCAUGGCAUUGAGCCUCUGUUUGAUGAGGGGACGUCGAUUGUUGACCCACCUCCGCCAUGUUGCGACACCGGAACGGAUUCCAAUGAAGAUUGUUCAUCUGUCAGUCAAAGCUUGGAGAAGAUAAUGGAUAACCAUUCACUCUUCUAUAAGAUUGCGUGCGACAUCAAUCUCUCAGAUAACGAUAUUACAAUGACAGACGGAGCCUCGAAUGUCCAAGCAUCCACCAAUCAAGAAGAGGUGGCAAUGGAGUUGACCAAUGAGGUUUUGAGGGCAGAAGAAGUGACCUAUAGCGUGGUGAGAGCAACAGAACAGCAUGGAGAGAGUCCCGGUUGUCCUGGCACCAGUGCAACAAAUUGCAAUGGGAACAUCAUAACAGCCAAUAAGCAGCCAGAAUCCCCCUCAAUGGACAAGGAUACACCACCAACAGUGUCUCCCGAGGAAAAAGGAUGUGCUUCAGUCAAACCGGUGCAUGAACUGUGCAUAUAUGAGGAGAUUCAGGACAACCGUGGAUUGUUCAAACCAAAGGGAGAGGACGCAAGUCAAGAGAACCAGCUGAAAGUGGAGGAAGAAGACCCUUCUUCUUCUUCUUCUCCUGUAUUAGACCCCGUCGUGUCUGAGCAAAACAAUGACCAUCUGACAGGUGAAACCAGGAAUGCGGAGAUGGGAGGAGAUGAACCCGUGAAGGCGAUCGCAGACCAAGGUGUUUCUGUGGAAGUGAAGGGGACUGGUAGGGAACUACAUGGGAAGAAAGAGGAUGCCAAACAACUACACGAAGGCCUCAGAUGUAACACUGUUCCAAAAUGCAAAACAAAUUCAAAAUAUGAAGGCGGACUGGCGCAUCGAAGCGCUUCCUUUGGGAGAGGCAGAGUGACAGUGUUACAUACCAGUCUGUAGAGGGCACAGAGGUGUGUGGACAGUUUAGAAGAAGGAAUGAUCGAGCUGUAAGGGUGAGAUAUGUGAGAUGUA